CGUUUCAGGAUGUUUAUCUCUAUUAAUAGAUCUCCUGUAACAGUGUUUCAUCCGUCAACCAGCAAAUAGCUUGAGGGGGAGGCAGAUGAGUCAAGCAGAGCAGCAAAAAUAGAGAGCCGAGCAGACGCUAUUGGUCAUUUAUUCAAUCAGCUCUCUGUCCUCUCAAAGAUGUCGACAUGUUCAAACUGCCCGUUCGAUGAAACGCAAUGGAUCAUUCGAAUUCGACGGAUCCUCGAUGAGGAGAUUGAGCUCGGUGACGACCAACCCAUCUCCAUCUUCGAUGUCCCCAAGCCCUUGCUGUGCACCAAGCCGGAAGCCUACGUGCCUCAGCUGGUGGCGCUUGGCCCAUACCACCAUUGCCGUGAAGAACUCCGUGACACGGAGAUGUACAAAAUUUCAGCGGCCAAGAGAGCGCAAAGCCAUCUGCUCCCGAGCAUGAACUUCCACCAGCUCGUGGACGUUUUUGCCACAUUCGAGCAUCGGAUCCGUGCUCACUAUCACAGGCACCUCAACCUCAGCAAUGAGACGCUAGCGUGGAUGAUGGCGAUCGACGUGUCGUUUCUAGUCGAGUUCCUGCAGACAUUAUGCAAAACAAACAACGACAACCAGAGGACAGUACUAGAGAGGAUCCCGCUGAGGAUGUCGCAUCAGGUUGGCCCUUCUCGCAGGACGUCUUCUUCGCACAGCAUGCUGCUGCUACGUGACACAGUCAUGCUGGAGAACCAGAUCCCGAUGUUUCUGAUCGUGAAAGCAGUCGAGCUGAUGUGCUCAUCAAGAGGCCAAACUGCGGAGUCUGUUCUUAGCUCCAUGUUGUCUGCGUUCUUUCAGGAGGCUUCCGCGCUCAAGGGGAUAAGCUCUCCGUUGUGCACAGACGCCACGCAGCACGCCCAUUUGCUUCAUUUCCUCUACAAUAACAUAGUGCCAUCUUUCGUGGAAGAAGAAUCAAACGGCACCGUGGAAGAAGAAGACGGAGAUGAUGAGCCCUGUGAUCACCCACACGGUUCAUCGGCUGUGAACUCAACAGCGGAGUUGCUCGUCAAGCGUGGGUUGAAGUUCGCGUCGUUGGCGACAGAUUUCAUGGUGAGGAUGCUGCUCAGGCUCGUCACCAGCCUUCCUUGCCUCUCGGUGCUCCGACACCCCAUCGAGCACCUACUUCGUCAACAAAAUCAACCAAACGGCGCAUCCUCCGACGUUCAGGACAAGAAUAACAUGUCACCUCUGCUUGAGGAGAUCGCCGUGCCGUCCAUUUCUGAGCUGGCAUAUGCCGGCGUUCUCUUCAGCCCGACGAAUGGCGAUCUCUCCACGAUCGAAUUCUGCGCGGAGACCUCGACGCUCCACCUCGCGGUGAUCAGCAUCGACACUACCACUGAAGUCGUGUUGCAGAAUCUGGUGGCCUACGAGGCGUCGAUCGGGUCUUCCAAGACGCCUCUGAUCUUGGCACGAUACAUCGAGCUCAUGAAUGGGAUCAUCGACACCGGCGAGGACGCCCGGCUGCUGAGAGAACGCGGGAUCAUAGUGAACCACCUCAAGAGCGAUCAGCAAGUGGCUGAGCUGUGGAACGGGAUGACUCGGUCGGUGAGACUCACAAAGGUGCCCGCGUUGGAUCGAGUGAUUGAUCAACUCAACAGGCACUACGGGAGCUGCUGGAAGGUGAGGAUUCGGAUGUUUGUGAAAAGGAGUCUUAUUGGAUCUAGGGACUUGGUUGCUUGCACCGUGGUGGUUUUCCUCUUCCUCUUGGUCGGCCUCCAAGCUUUCUGUAUACUGUCUCGUGGCUGCCUGCUUUCUUGGUAUCGGAUGGCCUGGAGAAAAGAUGAAUGUAACAUCCACAAAAACAUAGUAAAACUACCUUCAUUAUAAUUAAGAAAGUAUCAAGAUCGACAACAACAAACUGAUAUUGAUGCUAUCCACUAACGUGAAACCACCAAGGGCAGCGGUCUAAAAGUUGUUACAAAAAGAAUCCGACGUCACACUGGAAUUCAGUUACACAGCCUGUCUAAAUACAGGGCAGAUUAAUUUUUAGAAACAAAAGAAGGGGGUCCUCUCGAUUUACUUGAACCCUCCCAUGGAACCAGUCCAAGGGUGUUCAAAUAUUUGACAGAUGACACUCAAUUUAUUCUUAUGGGGUAACAACUGGCAGCUACGAGACAGAUCAAAAUUUGUGAAAAAGGGGAAUUGGUCAGUUGGUGCAUCGUAUGAUUCCUCAAGAAAUAGACAGAUCAUUGUCCAACAGUGUAUAGAGAGCUUCAUCUCCAUGGUAGUUUUCCUCGUCCCGAGCACCGGUCUUUCCCAGCCAAAAACCCCAUCAUGCCAUCUCAUUGGUUAUGCAAUCUUGGAUGUGUACAACCUACACACCAUGUACACGCUUCAA